AUGGUGCCGGUGCGGCUGUACGGCGGCGGCGACCCCAUGCAGGGUCGCCUGGAGGUGUUCUGGAAGAACAAGUGGGGCACGGUGUGCGACGACUACGUGACCGAGGCGCAGGUGGCGACCGUGGUGUGCCGCCAGCUGGGCUACGGCCCCGGCCGCGCCGUGCUGGACUUUGGGGAGGCCUUCAACCACUCGGGGGCGGAGGUGGUGUGGUGGACGCUGCGGUGCGGCGGCGGCGAGGCCAGCGUGCACGACUGCCAGUGGAAUUACGACCCCAACUGCGACCACAGCGAGGAUGUGGGCGUGGUGUGCUCCGAGCUGCCGCCGCCCCCGGCGCCGCCCGCGCCGCCGCCCGCGCCCUUGACCCGCGUGCGCCUGGCUGGCGGGCCGGAUGCCAGCGAGGGGCGGCUGGAGGCGGAGGUGGGCGGCAUGUGGGGCACCGUGUGCGAUGAUGAGUGGGGACCCAUCAAUGCAAAGGUG